GAAGAAGCUCGCCGAGCGACAGUCGGACGGCGGUGAGCAUGUGGUGAGUCCUCCGGUCCUCCUGGUAGCCGGGUGCCACAAUGUUUGGCUGGGGCAAGCGGCCUACCGCUUCGGGACUCGACGAGAGUGGCAGUAGGUCGUCCUCGCCUGCAAAAAAAGACGGCAGGAGUGCCAGGGAGGAGCUCCAGGAGGUGUCGCUGGUGGGCAAGGUGCAGAACUCGGACUCGGCCGUCGUCGUCGUCCUAGGAGGCAUCAACCUCCAGGAGCCGGACGACGUCUCGGCCGGGAAGUCGACGUACGUGUUCAAGCCCCAGCUGAACCAAUGGCUCACCUUUCAACCUCUGCCCGAGCCGCGGCACUACCACGCCGUUGUUUAUUACGCCGGCUGCAUCUACGUCUUCGGCGGCUACAGUCCCGCCGACGUGAGCAAGGGGGAGGCCCGCGCCCAGCGCUCGGUGUUCAAGUUCCACGUUCGCGAGAAGCGAUGGGACAAGGCGGCCGACAUGCUCCACGCCAGGGCCUGCCACGGGGCCACCGUGGUCCACGAGAAGAUCAUGGUCGUCGGCGGCAAGGACGACAAGGGAGAGAUCCUGCACUCGGUGGAGGUGUACAACCCGGCGUCAGACAGUUGGGUUCCGUACCGGAACCUCCCGCUGCCCAUCAUGGGUUGCGGCGUGGGCUGCCUGGCCGGCAUGGUGUACGUCGUCGGAGGGGUGACCACCAAGAGACAGGUGUUCUCCGGCAUGGUGCCCGCCGAAGUGCUGUCCAGCGUGCACACCACGGACCCGAACGAGCGCACCUGGGUGCGUCGCCCCAGCCUUCCGGAGCCCCGCGCGUACUGCACGGCUCUGACCAUCCACCACGAGCUGUGGCUGGCGGGCGGUCUCAAGCCCUCGGGUCGCGACCCAGCGGGAUUCACCAACGUGGUAGACGUGCUCGCGUACGACUCCAUCCGCGGUCGUUGGGAAUUCCGCUUCAAGCUGUCCCGCCCGCGACACGCGGUGGCCGCCGCCAACGCCGACGACCGCAUCUACGUCAUCGGCGGGAUGACCUGCCAGGAAGGCACGUCCGUGGAGGACGUGGACGUGUACCACAGGCAGCGGCUCGGUUUUCUCGACUGCCAGUGCCUGCCCAAGAAACUCACAGGACUGGCGGCAGUCACAGUGCCCCCGGAAUCGACGGAAGGGUCAGGGCUGAAGAGCGGCGCAAGUUCCAGGGCACCAUCGUCGCUGAAACUGGACCAAGGCGACCAAGACAAGCGGAGAAGGGCGCACAAGCCGCCUAAAGAUGUGUACGCAGACAAGGACCGCUCAACCGAGGAGAUCGAGGUGCCUCCCGAAGUGCGCAAGAAGCCGACGCCCCAUCCCAGACCCAGGACGGACGCUGGCGACGUCGAUGACAAUGCGGAGGGAGGUCAUUGGCCUCCUAGUCGUUUGGCCGUCGACUCGAGCACCUUCCUCGGAGUGGAGGCGCUCAAACUCCGCACACCGCUAAGCCGACCUAGCCUGCCGCGCUUUUAUCACUACGUCCCCGCGGCACCCACGAAUGACCCGCACCACGGCAUCACCGUACGCGUCGACGACGAUUUCAAGCGCACAAAAGAGAUGCUGGGGCUGCGUGAUGCCAGCGGACUGCCGGCUUUCGCCCGGAAGCUGAGAAGGGUCAAGAAGGUGCAGGAUGAUACGCUUCCGGUCAUUGUCACCUUCGGCGGCCUCGACCCGAGAGAUCCACUCAACUAUGCCAACGGACGCGUAGUCCUGCACUACCACGUGCUCAAGAACCGCUGGGACCUGUGCGGCAUGAUGCCCGAGCCGCGCAGCUACCACGCCGCCGUGCUCAUAGGGAACGUCGUCUACGUCACCGGGGGGUUCGAUCCAGAGACGCGCAAGUCCGGCGAGCUGGUAGCCUGCAAGACCACGUUCGCCUACGACAUCGACACCAUGGAGUGGAGCCGGAAGGCCGACAUGAAGCAGGGUCGUGCGGCGCACGGUGCUGCGUGCUACCAGGACAAGCUUUUCGUCUUCGGCGGCAGGGGUCGCUUCGGACGGGCCGUGGCAUCGACCGAGGAGUACGACCCGGCGUCGGACACGUGGCGAGAGGGCACGCCCCUCGACGUGCCCCGCAUGGCCGUUGGGUGCGCCACGGUCGGUGACGUCAUCUACGUGGUCGGCGGCAUGGUACCGGAGUCGGACGAUUUGUACCGCGCCGUGGACAGGGUCGACAUUUACGACCCGAAGACGCACGCAUGGUCCGAGGGCCAUUCGCUGCCCAAGCCCCGCGCGUUCCCCGCCGCGGCCUCGCUGGGCGAGAAGCUGUGGCUGGUGGGCGGCUGCUACGACAACUCGGAGCCCGGGCUGUCGCUGGUCAGCCUGCGCGACGUGGACGUGCUCGAGCCGAGCGGGUGGGCGCACGUGGGCUGCACGGUGCACUCGAGACACGCGGCCGGUGUCGCCGUGGCCGACACCAACAUCUACGUCAUCGGGGGCACGAGCAGCGUGCUCAACGGGCCCAUCAAGCGACCGGAAGUGUACCUGCAGCUGGAGGACAGCUACAAGUUUCCCGCCGAGUACCCGGAAGCCAUGACCGGCAUUUCGGCCGUGUGCGUGCCUCCGGCGACGCCCACUUUCCGGAGCCAGUCCCUGACGUGCAUGAUCACGGACACGCUGGCCGAAUAAUGGCGCCGCUCUUUCCGAGUUCCAGUCUCGAAGCACUAGCCCCGUUGCACCGCCAUUCCACAUCAUCAAAACGGGUUGACGGGGUCUCGCGACCGUUCCUCUUGGCAAAUUUAAUUGCGCCGCGAUAUGCAUUCACAGUCGUGGUGCAAUGGUUAACGGUGCGAAUGCAAGCAAAUAUAAUACGAAUUUCUUGCUUUUUAUAUAUAUUUUAGAUACAAAUACGUGAACGUAAUUUACAUGCCGACAGGCAUGUGCGUUGCCUGUACGGAAAAGAACUGACGCUCCAUAUCUCUGCAACCGGCCCUCUGAUCGCAGGAAGCUAUAUGUGUGAAUGUUGAUAUAUUGGUACUGAAUAAAUUGUUCGAUUUCUGA